UAUCCCAUAUUUCCCUCACAGCAAACCAUCAGAGCCCCUGUCCGCACAUACUACGUCCAGUCAUAAAAGAGAGGCCAUUGGCACAAUCCAUCCCGAUGUUCUCCUAUAUGAGCACUAGGAACAUAGACAGCUCCUUUCAGGUUAAUGAGUUGUCAGGAUCCGACACCCAGGACGUCUGCAGGGCAGUUGCCCAGAGGACUGGAGCUGGAAUUGGAGCAUCGGCAUCUCUUUGGGAUUGUCACCGACGGCUUUGUUUUCCACCCCCGCUUCUCCUCCCCCUCCUCGUCGGGCUGCUCUCUGGUGGUGCUGAAGGGACAGCUCCCGCGGCGCUCCCGAAGGCGAAUCCGCCCCAUCGGGGAGCGGAGAGAAGGCGACGGCCAGGAAGGCGGGUCCUGCCUCUGGGGCGACCACAGGCAGGGCCCCCACUGAGCCGGAGGUAGCUGCGCACCUUGGCCGCGGCGGCGCAGCUAAGGGGGGGUUCGAGUUGCCGCUGCUGAGGCUGGUGGUGGCGGCGGCGGGAAAAGGCAGGCGCCGGCCUGGGAUUUGGAGGCUCAGAGGGCUGACCAGCGUGGAAACCACAGCAGCUCUUACUCGGUUGCGGGCGUCCAGGAAUGUGACCCACAAUGCUAGUGCUCCGGUUCCUCAAUGUGGUGGCGCCAGUCUACUUCCUCUGCAUCUCCUUGGUGACCUUCGCCCUCCAGCUCUUCCUCUUCAUCCCCAGCAUGUUCCAAGACCCUUCUGCCACCCCGCUUUUCUCCUCUGCGCUGCUGCACGGGGCCCUCUUCCUCUUCCUCUCUGCCAAUGCUCUGGGCAACUACAUCCUAGUCAUCCGAAACACCCCUGAAGAUCUGAGCAAGGAGGACCUGAACUUGGGCACAGCUGCCAGAGAAGCUGAAGGGGUGGCCAGGGAUGGGCCAGAAGAUGGGAGUGGGUCUCCCCGCUUGGCUCUGCCCAGCACCCACUUCUGCCGAUUGUGCGCCAGGCUCACCCAACGGCAUGACCAUCACUGUUUCUUCACAGGGAACUGCAUUGGUAGUAGGAACAUGCGGAACUUCAUCAUGUUCUGUUUGUACACUUCUUUGGCUUGCCUUGAUUCGCUGGUGGCAGGGGUAUCUUACAUCUCAGCUGUGCUCUCCACCUCCUUUGCCAACCCAUUGGCCUUCCUGACUCUUCUUCCUCACUCUAUCAGCCAGUUCUUCUCAGGAGCUCUUCUGAGCUCGGAAAUGUUUGUCAUCCUCAUGCUGUACCUCUGGCUGGGAAUUGGACUUGCUUGCGCCGGCUUCUGCUGCCACCAAAUGCUGCUGAUCUUGCGAGGGCAAACACGACACCAGGUGCGAAAAGGUAUGGCAGCCCGCGCCCAGCCCUGGAAGAAGAACCUGGAGGAAGUCUUUGGGAAGAGGUGGCUGCCGGGACUUCUCAUUCCUAUGCUGAACGUUGGAAGUGGCUGCCACGGGCAAAAGGAGAAGUGAGGCCUCACCCCUGAUAGCCAGAUGUGCGCAAGUAGGGGUGUACACGGACAGACACACAUGCAUAUGCACAUGUGCACACGAGUAUGCUGUGGCCGAAUGCAGCACUUUAGGGGGUUCCUGUCCUUUCCCCCCACCCUAUGUCUCAGCCUUGAUUCCUAUAAGAAGAGUGGCAACUAUCAAGCUUAAGUGGGCUACUUCUGUGUUUUGGGGGAAAUAGAUGUCUACAAUACAGCCAUGAUUAUGAUCAGUAGUAU